GAAACAGCAGAUGAACUGAAGCUGGAUGUCAGAUGGAUGGUGUGUAAGGUUUUCAGUCUCGCAGUGAAUGAACGCGGAUCGAGAGUCCAGCUGUGUGUCGCUCUCAGUGGGAGGAGAAGCAGCACGACACCAGAGCAGCAGUCAGAGCUCCCGCACACCCUCUACCGGAGAACACAUCCUCCCGCCCGCCCGCCCGGUAAUCUACACCUCACACUCACUCGCUCCGGGAGAGCCGGAGAAACACUUCCACGAGAGCCCGAAACCGACCGACAGCCUCCUCCCGAAAAAGACGCACCUGCUCAGAGUUCGGCCCGCGGCCAGUCCGGGCUUCACGGAACCGACUCCGCCAGAAUGGACAAACUUUUCGCGUGCCUCUUCACCGCGAUCGGCGUCCUGGUGUCCGCGCGAGCGCAGGUGUUCAAAGGAGAUUGUGACUUCGAGAAGCCCUUCUCGUCGUGUGGAUACACCCAAGGGCGAGACGAUGACCUGAACUGGGAACAGAUUGACACCAGUGAAAAGUCUUCGCAGGAUCCGUGGGUGCCGCCGGGUUCUGCGUUCAUGAUGGUGAACUCGACGGGUCGGUUCGCGGGUCAGAAGGCUUUGCUCUUCACGCCACAGCUGAAGGAGAACGACACGCACUGCGUCAUAUUCCAGUAUUACGUGGCGGGACGAGAGGGAGGACGGCCUGGACAUCUGAACGUCUACAUCAAGGAGAACAACAGCCCGAUGGGUUUGCCUGUGUGGAACACGUCUGGACCGGCUGGACGCAGCUGGAACCAGGUGGAGCUCGCCAUCAGCACAUACUGGCCCAACUUCUACCAGAUCGUCUUUGAAGCGGUGACCUCUGGGCAGCGCGGCUUUCUGGCCAUCAAGGACGUCGUCCUCCAGGGCCAUCAGUGCAUGAACACGCCACACUUUCUGCAUAUCAAAGGCGUGGAGGUGAACGCCAGACAGACCGCUACGUUCCUCUGCACCGUCAACGGAGAAUGGAGAGACAGCUUCAACCUCUGGCUGCAGGGAAUCGGCGGUCGGGAAGCUCCCAUGAAAGCGACCAAACCGUGGAAUAACCAGCGAUUUAUCGGCAUGUUUGAUGUGGUGAACACGACCAAACAGGACUCUGGCCGUUACCGAUGCAUCGUCCACUCGAACAUAGGCGUGGGAGUGUCCAACUACGGAGAGUUGACCAUCAAACCUCAUAUUCUGUCGGUGUCUGUAUUUCAGCUGCUGGCGCCGCAGGCGUGA